UUCGGCUCCUCCACGAUCUUCUGCCCUCUGGCCUGCUGCCAACAACGGGAUUCCCGAAGCCCAAUCAAUUUUAUCAUUAUUUCCUGAUUGCCACCAAAGAAAGAAGAGCUGAUCAAUACAAUAGGGGCAACCAUGAACGGACCACAUCAACUGUUCUUACGCCACGGUGGGAGGAUAUGUUCAGCAGUAGCAGGAGGAUCUGCGGCAGUCUUACUAGGGAGAUCAUUGCGAAGAGACGAAAUUGUGGAUGCUACCCAACAGCAGGAUCAUCGGCAUUUCCUGUUUCAUUCUAAGGGACAGUUGACGUUCUGCGAAGGAGCACCCGAUGUGCCAUCCACAUCGGCUACAGAUUCAGAUAAUCUGAUGACUGAGGAUACCCCGGAAAAAGCGAACAGCCAAGAUGACGACUACCCCAACUUUUCGCGCCAUGGAUCCAAAGCAGCUUUGCCCAAAUUUCUAACGCCCCAACUCUAUCAGCAAUUAAAAGAUUUGAAGACACCCAAAUUUGGAGUGACAUUGGAUGACAUGAUCCGAGCAGGAACGAUGCUACCGUAUGGAGCCAAUCCUCCUCGUGGCGUGGGUGGUGUCUACACGGGAGAUGCCGAUUGCUAUCGUGUCUUUGCGCCAUUGCUGAUACCCUUGUUGGAAGAAUACCACGGCGUCACACUCGUGGGCGAUACAGCAGCACGAACUUCCACUACUGGCCAUCAUCAUCGACCGUUGCACCAUCCCUAUGGAAGUUUCCAAAGACCUACCCAACUCCACAAUGUCGUCAUUAAUCGCAAACGAACGUACAAUCGAAAACGAGAAAAGAGUAGUCUCAAACGACACACUACCAAUUUGGAUCCCGAACAAAUUGUCCAUACUGAAUUGGAUCCGACGGGAGAAUACAUUUUGUACACGCGCAUGCGACUGGCACGCAAUAUCGAUGGAUUUGCCUUUUGCAGUCACAUUAGUCGCAGCGAUCGACGCCAAAUACAGCGACUCUUUCAGACAAUUGUCGAUGAAGACUUUCGACCCUAUCAAGGAGGAGCCUAUAUACCCAUACAUGCCAUGACCAAUCCACAGCACGACGAUUUCAUGUCCCGACGAAUCUGUUGCAUGGAUCCCGAUGAAUUCAAAAUUGCCGCCGGACAAGCACGCGAUUGGCCCGAUGCCAGGGGCAUUUAUGGGUGUCGGAAUUGGGAUGACAAGAAAAGUCGACACCAGAUACGGCGGCGGCGUCCCUCCAGUCCUCUCAUGGUGCGACCCACACAAGAAGAAAUUGAAUUGUGGGAAGAGUCGCCACCCAACAUUAUCAUGUGGAACAACUACGACGAUCACUUUUGGAUCAUUAGUGUCAAUAAGGGUGGCGACGUACAGGGAGUCUUCAAGGCUCUGUCGGAUGCCGUGCGACAGCUCGAAUUGAGUUUGCUGGAACGUGGACACGCCUUUUGUGAGCACCCCAAGUUGGGAUUUCUCACCAGUUCUCCCAGCAAUGUGGGGACGGCACUGCGGGCCAGCAUGUCGGUCAAACUCGUGCGAUUGGGAAAGCAACACCCCGUCUUGUUUCAAGAAAUACUGGAUCGGUUGCAUUUGGAAGCCAAGUCGGACUAUGCCGAAACCGAUCAACGGUACACGGGAAUUUAUGACAUUGCCAAUGCAGAACGACUUGGGAGAACCGAAGUACAGUGGAUCAAUGUCAUGAUUGAGGGAGUGGCCAAAUUGAUUGAAUUGGAAAAGAAGUUGGAGCGAGGAGAAGCCGUGUCAUUGCAAGAUGUGGAAAAGGUUGGCAAGAAUGUGGAAAGUUGAAACGGACACAAGUACGAAGGAUCCUGGUUGUGGUAAACAUAAUAAUAUAUCGCUCUUGUAGCGUUGUUUCUUUGAUAAAGGGUUUAAAGUGCCUUAGUAUGAGAAUUGAUCACGUAGUACC